GUCCCAGAACAAGAGCAGUUCCAGGAACAAGUUUCGCCUCUCUUCUGGUGCUAAGAGGAAAAGCACAUGGAAGCCUACACUGGACCUAAGAGGGGCUGAAUGUCAGAGUCUUCAGGAUGGAGUCAAUCAGAUCCAUAUCUCAAGCAAUCUGGAAUGA